AUGGUCUCACAAUCAAUUUUAACAAAAUUAGGUUUACUUUCAUUGACUGUCGCAGGAGAUGCACCAAUCUCAAGUGAUUCAGAAGGUCAAGAAUCAUAUAUUGCAAAAUUUAAACCAACUAAAAAUUCUGAUAUUUCAGGUUCAAUUAGUUUUGAACCAGCCAAGAAUGGUUCAGUUUUAGUUUCAGUUGAUAUUUCAGGUUUACCAUCAACUGGUGGUCCAUUUCCUUAUCAUGUUCAUGAAUUACCAGUUCCAUCAGAUGGUAAUUGUACUGGUACAAAAUUACAUUUAAAUCCUUAUGGUGGUUCAGUUAAUGCAACUACUCCUCAAGGUAAAGAAGUUGGUGAUUUAGCAGGAAGACAUGGUGAUUUAUCAGGUUCAUCUUAUAAAGUUGAAUAUGUCGAUAAUUAUAUUUCUUUAAAUCCAAAAUCAAAAUCAUUUAUUGGUGAUUUAUCAAUUGUUAUUCAUUCAAAAGAUAAUUCAAGAUUAAAUUGUGCUAAUACUACUGAAUUUUCAGUUGAAUCUACUUCAAUUAAUAACAAAACUAAUGGUUCUGGUUCUUCAACUGCUUCAGUAACUGAAAGUGUUAAUGGUGGUAUGGGACAAUUUGAAACUGGUACAGGAUUAGUUAUUGGUGCUGUUGCUGGAAUUGUUGCUUGUUUAAUUUAA